AAUUUCCAUUUCGAAAUUCCUGUCAAUGCUGUGUUUAAAUAAAAUCCACUGUCAAUGUUUCGUUGGCCGUAGCAUUCAGCGUAGCUCAGCACUGUAAAAAGUGUACAAAAAUUCCGAAAAAGAAACUAAUCAGAAAACAAUCAAAAGGCGAGAUUUUUGAACCAAAUUGCACUAGUGCCAUGUCUGAAUUGCAAGCUUCGCUGCUGCUUAAGCGCCAACUUGCCGAAUUGCAACGCAAUCCCGUCGAGGGCUUCUCCGCAGGCCUUAUCAGCGACGAGGACAUCUUCAAGUGGGAAGUGGUCAUCAUUGGGCCACCGGAUACACUCUAUGAAUGCGGCUGCUUCAAGGCCCAUUUGAUCUUUCCCAAAGAGUAUCCAUUGCGUCCGCCACGCAUGAAAUUCGUCACCGAAAUCUGGCAUCCAAAUAUCGAAAAGAAUGGCGACGUGUGCAUCUCGAUUCUGCACGAACCGGGCGACGAUAAGUGGGGAUAUGAGAAAGCCGAGGAGCGUUGGCUGCCCGUGCACACCGUGGAAACCAUUUUGUUGUCGGUCAUCUCUAUGCUGACCGAUCCCAAUGAUGAAUCGGCGGCCAAUGUGGAUGCGGCCAAGGAAUGGCGUGAGGAUUAUGCUGAGUUUAAGCGCAAAGUAGCACGUUGUGUGCGUCGCAGCCAGGAGGAAGUCUGAAGAUUUUACAAACUCCCCACAUGAAUUAAACACAAAUACUCAGCGGUCAACAAUUCAAAUAAAAAAAUAAGUAAGCGUCUAACUUGCAAA